GGGUUGACAGAAGUGGGGGAGCUGAUUUGCUUCAUAUAAAACAAUCUGGGAUAAGUGUACAUCCAGUACGAGACGAAUUUUGAGCAAAAUGUCGAAUAUCGUGGCCGCAGUUCUUUUCGCAGCUUUUGUUGCUUCCAGUGCAUUCCCAGAACAGGGUUACCGUUACUACCACCCUGGGACUGUGAUGUUAGGUGGCUACUACGGCAUUCCCCCAAUGCGAUACCCCGAUUACUACCCGGAAGAAUCAGACCCUAUCCCAGCAGCAUCCGAGGACUUCGAGAAGGAAGCGGUAACCGAGGAUGUUUUCGUUGUUGCAGACGAAGAAAGAGAGUUCAAGGAACAGUCGACUGAGCAUCCUCAAAUUUCCAACAACAACUACCCCAGAUCUAAAGAUGCCCAGCCACCCAAAAAGCCCACCAUAACAAAACCAAGGAGAAAAAACGUACCGGAAGACGAAGAUUCUGUCCCAUCCAACUUUCCUUUCGGUGCCGGAGGAUCAAGUUUCUUGAACAACUUCUUUCCCAUUAUGGUUGGUGGUAAUUCGAGGGGAAGGGGGAAAUCAGGACAAGAUGAUGACAUGGGAGGACCAGGUGGUGCGACUGCUAUAGCCAACAGUUUCAGUACAGGAAGGGGUGGAGUGGCCAGUAGCCACGCAACUUCCUUCGGGGAUGUUUUUUUGAGUUCACAUCUCAGUGAUAUGCUGAGGAAGAACAAACGCAUGUAAGGGCUGAGUAUGGAUCGACAUCUUCAUUAUAAUCAUUAUUGUGAUAGUUCCUGAAAUUUCACCGGGUCUCAAGAUACUUAAAACGAUGUGGUGGAAUUUUGGAUGAAGCGAUAUAUAUAUUUAUAUAUAAAUACAUGUACACUUAUUAUCGAUACUGGCGUCAUUAUAUUUUAUACGAAUAUGAUGUACAAAACUGCAAUACAUUUUUAAAUAAAUUAUAUAUCUGAAA